UUUUGUUUGGCAUGCCACACUUUGCCUGCGCUCGACUCCUUGAGAGAUUUAUUCGGUGUUUAUUUCGAGCAGGUAAGACAUGCUUAUCUAGGCUAGGGAAGUCAAUCUUAAAGUGCUAUGUAGCUGAAGUCUGGAAAUUAAGGCAAGACGCCAAAUCGAGAUGUCUCUUAACCGUCAUGAAGACAAUGGACAGUCGGUCCGUUCUACAAGAAAGACCAGAGGUGAAAGGAAGUUUGAUUGCUCACAUUGCGACAAAAGUUUUACCCGAGGGGAAAUCCUCCGUCAGCAUGUAAGAAUACACACGGGAGAAAAACCUUUUAAGUGCAGCCAUUGUGACAAGUGUUUCAGACACGCAGGAACCCUUAUUCAACACAGGAGACUGCAUACUGGAGAAAAACCGUACAAGUGCAAGCAUUGUGAAAUGAGUUUUAGACAGGGAGAACAACUAUCGCGACAUGUCCGAGUUCAUACAGGAGAAAAGCCUUUCAAGUGCAGCCAUUGUGACAAGUGUUUUAGUCAGCUAUCGAACCUCCACCUUCAUAACAGGACACACACAGGAGAAAAACCCUUUAAGUGCAAAGUGUGUGAUAAGUGUUUCAAUCAUUCAGGAAUCCUUCAUACUCAUAGUAGGACGCAUACCGGAGAAAAACCCUAUAAAUGCAACGUUUGUGACCAGCGUUUUUCUACUCUUGGGAACCGAAACCAACAUAACAGGAUACACACAGGAGAAAAGCCUUUUGAAUGCACGCAAUGCGAUAGGUGUUUCAGUGAUGCUGCAACCCUUCGCCGACAUAAAACCGUUCACACGGGAGAGAAGCCGUAUAAGUGUAAGGUUUGCAACAGAUGUUUUAACCGAUCAGUAAACCUCAAUCGACAUGUCCAAACACACACAGGAGAAAAGCCUUUUAAAUGCAGCCAGUGUGAAAAAUGUUUCACUCGCGCAGCAGAUCUUCGCCGCCAUGGCACGGUGCAUUCGGGCGAGAAACCUUUCAAGUGUGACCAUUGUGACAAGUGUUUUACACAAGGAGGACAACUUCGCUUACAUCUCAGACUUCACACCGGAGAGAAUCUUUUCAAGUGUCGGCAUUGCGACAAGUGUUUCACGAACUCGAGUCACCUCCGCCUUCAUACCAGUGUACAUACGGGUGAAAAACCUUACAAGUGUGACCAGUGUGAAAAAUGCUUCGGUCGAGCUUGGGACCUUCGCCGUCACAGCGCAGUACAUGCCAGUGAAAAGCCCCACCAGUGCACUGAGUGCGGCAAAUGUUUUAAAGAAUAUGGAACCCUUCGCCAACAUGUCAAAACACACACAAGGGAAAAGCCGUUUGAGUGCGAGGAGUCUUUUUUCCGAGAAGGUCACCUUCAGCAACAUGUUAAAGAACACCGUGGAGAGAAGCCUUUUAAAUGCUCGCAUCGUGUCAAGUGUUUUAGCCAAGGAACAGAUCUUCCCCAACAUGUUGCCACAGUACACGCGGAACUAGAGGAAGGCAAUGCUGCACCUCCUCGCCGAAAUAAAACCGUGCAUACUGGAGCAAAGCCGCCUUUUAAAUGUGAGAUCUGUGACAAAUGUUUCACCCGAUCAGUAAACCUUAAUCGACAUGUCCAAACACACACAGGAGAAAAGCCUUUUAAAUGCAGCCAGUGUGAAAAAGGUUUCACUCGCGCAGCAGAUCUUCGGCGCCAUGGCACGGUGCAUUCGGGCGAGAAGCCUUUCAAGUGCAAAUAUUGUGACAAGUCUUACACACAAGGGGGGCAGCUUCGUCAACAUAUCAGACUACACACGGGGGAGAACCUUUUCAAGUGCCAGCAUUGUCACAAGAUUUACACCAACUCAAGCCAACUUCGCCGACAUUCCAGAGUACACACCGAAAAUAAUCCUUUAAGUUACACAGUACACACAGAAGAAGCGGACGAAAACCUGCAAAACCAAGAAACACAGGAUGACACUGUGUGUGCCGUGGUGGUGGUCGCCCUGGAUAUGAUGUAGCUUACUUGCCUUUUUUGGGAAAGACAUUAUUGUGAUCGGUGUAAAAUGUUUUACUUUUCAAACGAUGAUUACGACAGUCAUUUAAAAGAAUUGUGCCUAUGUUCCAUUGUUCCAUACUGUUUAGUUAAUACCAGGAAAUAUGAUCCGUGAAAUUUGAAGUGGAGAAAUUGCUUGGACCAAUUUUCAAUCGAGUUGCAAAUGUACAUCGGAAGCGCAUUGCUUCUGUUGUAUUUGGUUUCGGAAAUUCGCGUAAACCCUUUGGACCAAUCAGAUGCAAGACUGAAAUCAGUGGUACCCAGGUUUAGGUUUUAUUUUAACCCGUUCUGAUUUUCUGAGUUGGCGAAAUUUAUAGUGAAUCACUGAAGAAGAUUUCUUCACAAAUCUAAGUAGACCAAGAUCUCGUUUGUUGAGCUCCAUGUAAUUGAAUAUUACGAGUGAUAGUAAUUUUCCAGUAUCAUGUUAUUAAAAUUGAUAGUCUGAA